GUUUUGCUGUAGCUAGCUUAACAUAGCUUGUGUUAGCUUUAAGCUAGUGUUGAUGAAGUAAGUUGAAGGGAGGAGGAGAUUGUUGCUGCUUUCUUUUUGAGGGAGUUCGUCUCAGUUUUAACAACCAGAGCACGGUUGGAAAAGUGGCUAUUGUUGCCGGGUACCUGGACACGGUUGUCAUCCAACUUGUGGCGCGCGAGAAGCAAUAACCAGAGUUCAAACUGAAUGGCUGAGGGCUCCUCAGACCCACCUGACCUCAAUCCAGAUGGGGCGUCGCAUCAAAAAACAUAUCAGCACAAAUCCAGACGAGGCAGGUCCAGAUACAACAACGACCGAAACCUGAAUAGUUAUGAUCCUCCGCAACAAUAUGGACACUUCCAACAGGGCUUUAAACCCCCAUUUAGUCACAGUAAUUCAGAUUAUGCAUUGCAUCAGCAUCCUCCCUACCAGGGCGAGGAUGGAGCCGGACGGCGAGGGAGAGGUCGAGGGAGGAAAGAAGGAAAUCGAGGUGUAAAUGGCUACAGUAGCCAAAGACCUGGAGGUGACUUUGGCCCAUAUAGUGCUAACGACAGAGGUGCUGGGGGUUUUCAUUCUAGGCCACAUCCCAUGGAUGAUGGACCUGAUAGACCCAGCUGGCGAAGAGAAGAUGCAGGCAGGAAUCUUGAACAAACCAAUGACGACCUGGACACUGGGGCUAAAAAAAACAGGAAAUUUAACCAGGAGCAGAGGACAGGACAACCAACUGAAAAGGUUACUCGCUUAAAAGAAAACAACACUGCAGUAGAUGGCCAGAGGUCAAACAACAUCAAAAGAGACAACUCCACUUCAGACAUCAGGGAAAGAAGUCAGAGGAGCAGGACGGGUCCAGACUCCCAACAUGAUGAUCAUCAGAGGAAACACACUGAGGUAAAACGACGCCAAGGGCCAAUUAAACCACCCAAGUUACCAUCUCAAGAGGAAACGCGCUCAGAGAGGAGGCCUAGUGUCCAAGAUGACUCUGGCUAUGGCAGAUCAUUUCAGGAGCCUGCCUGUAAUGCUGGACGUGGCUCCGGAAGAUACACACCCCUUCAGGCAAGAGGAGGGAGUAGAACACAUCAUCAGAACCACAGGCCAGGCCAGAGGAACUGGGACAAGAUGCCAGAGAGCAAGGAGACGCAGACAGGGUGUCUGAUUGAGCAGCUGUCUGAGGAGAAGUAUGAGUGCAUGGUUUGCUGUGACGUCAUCCGGUGCAUGUCCCCAGUGUGGAGCUGCCUGAGCUGCUUCCACGUCUUCCACCUGAACUGCAUCAAGAAGUGGGCUCGAUCCCCGGCCUCUCAGGCAGACGAAUCAGCUGAAGGUUGGCGUUGUCCGGCGUGCCAGAAUGUUGCACUGAAACAACCGACCUCCUACACCUGCUUCUGUGGUAAAGUGACAAACCCAGAGUGGCAGCGCACUGAGAUUCCCCACAGCUGUGGUGACAUGUGUGGGAAGAAAAGAAGCGGAGCGGACUGCAAGCACCCCUGUAACAUCUUAUGUCACCCUGGUCCUUGUCCACAAUGUCCUGCCUUCAUAACAAGAUCCUGUAUCUGUGGGAAGACCAGUCAGCCAAUGCGCUGUGGCCAGGGCGCGGUGCUCCGGUGCAGCACGGUGUGCGGUGCCUUACUCAACUGUGCUAAACACAGCUGCACCCAGAUGUGCCACAGUGGGGCAUGUCAACCUUGCCAGCUGCAGGUUCAGCAGGUGUGCUACUGUGGCGUUACCACUCGGGAAGCCCUGUGCGGCACAGAUAAAGACGGAUUUGAUGGUUCAGGACAUUUCACCUGUCAAAAACUAUGUGGGAAGAUGCUUAACUGCGAAGCUCACCGGUGCCAGCUGGAGUGCCACCGCGGCCCGUGCCAACCGUGCCCACGCUCCCCGAGCCUGGUGAAGAUGUGUCCCUGCAGGCAGACGCCACUGACCAAACUCCUGGAGCUGGGUUACUCUGAGCGCCGAUUCUGCUCUGAUGCCAUCCCCUCCUGUGGGAAGACCUGCAACCAACCCCUGGCCUGUGGCUCCAGCGGUAAGGGAGGCGGACAAAACACCAUCCACCUGUGUGACAAGCUGUGCCACGAGGGCAGCUGUGGCCCCUGCUCCCUGACCUCCACUAUCAGAUGUAGAUGUGGCUCCAAGACCAAGGAGGUCCCAUGUGUGACGAUCCAAAAAGAAGAAGAGCUCGUCUUCACUUGUGAGAAGCGCUGCAACAAGAAACGCUCCUGCGGCCGACACAAGUGCGGCGAGCUGUGUUGUGUGAAUGUGGAGCACAAGUGCCCCCUGAUCUGCGGCUACAAGCUCAACUGUGGCCUCCACCGCUGCCAGGAUUCUUGUCACCGUGGAAACUGUGAGCCCUGCUGGCAGUCCAGUUUUGAUGAGCUGGCGUGUCACUGCGGGCUCACUGUCUUGUACCCGCCAAUCCCCUGUGGCACGAAGCCCCCAGAGUGCAAAAACAUGUGCACAAGAAGACACGAGUGCGACCACCCAGUGUUUCACAACUGCCAUAGUGAAGACAAGUGUCCGCCUUGCACAUACCUCACUCAGAAAUGGUGCAUGGGAAAGCACGAGCAACGCAGCAACAUCCCGUGUCAUCUGCAAGACAUUUCCUGUGGCCUGACGUGUAAUAAAACGCUGCCGUGCGAGAUGCACCGCUGCAGACGGAUCUGCCACCGGAGCGAGUGUCUGGGGGGGGGCAGCUGCCAGCAGCCGUGCGCGCUGCCGCGUCCAGACUGUGGCCACCCGUGCUGCGCUCCCUGUCAUAAGGGCAGCAGCUGCCCACGCACCACCUGCACAGCCAAGGUCGCUCUCCAAUGCGAGUGCGGUCGAAGAAAGGAAACGGUGGCCUGCACCGAGGCAGCCACUUCAUAUCAGAGGUACACGGCCAUCGCCAUGGCGAGUAAACUGUCCGACAUGCAGCUCGGCGAGUCGAUGGACAUCGGCCCGUUCCUCACGAAGAAGGAGCUGAAGCAGACCAGGCUGGAAUGUGAUCAAGAAUGCGCUACCUUGGAGAGAAACCGGCGUUUGGCGGAGGCGUUGGAGAUAGACUUAUCCUCUGACCCCUUCAACGCCCGCUCUACUUCUGUAUACAGCGACAGCCUCAAAGAGGACGCCAGAAAAGACCUGAAAUUCGUCACCGAGGUAGAAGAGGAGAUCAAGAAUCUCGUUGAGCUUGCUAAUAAGGGAAAACAGCCGAGGAGGAGCCACUGUUUCCCUCCGAUGAACAGAGAACACCGCAAGAUCAUCCACGAGCUGGCCGAGGUUUACACCGUGGAGAGCGUGAGCUACGACAGCGAGCCCAAACGCAACGUGGUCAUCACAGCCCAAAAGGGGAAGUCGGCCUGUCCAAACUCAACCCUGACGUCCCUGAUUGAGAGAGAGACUUUUGCGAGGGCCCCUCCUCCCAUCGCUCACAUCAAACAGCACAGCAGCAAGGCCGUCAGUGGAGGCACCUGGUCGAAGAUGGUUAAGGAAGAGCCCGUGAUAGAUUAUUUUGAUGUCCAAGACUAAAAUGAGGCCCACAAAAAAACAAAAAAGAAGAAGAAACCUCAGGAUCUACUCGCAAACAUCAGUCGACAUCUGCCAAAACGCCUGAAUCACCUUAUUUCAUUUCUGUCCAUCAGAUAUCAGUAAGAAUUAAAUGUGGCUUCAUAAUUAAAUACUUACGUUUGGGAACACCCACUUAGUUAAUGGAGGAGGAGGAGAUUAAUUCAGAUAUUAAUUGAGCUUUGCACGGAUCAUUUUGAACCCCCCCUCCCCGAGUGUUUUCUUUGCCUCCUUUGUAUGCAACCGGUCCCUCAUUGGACCCAACUUAAUAAAAAGUCAAUUAUUUCCUUAUUUAAA